AAGAAGAAGCAAAAUCCCCUCUAUACAUUUGCAAAAACUUUGUUGACAACUAAAUUAGUUUUCCCACUUUACCUUUCUUCUCUCUCUCUCUUGGCCAAAGAUGGCGUCAGAAGCAGACCAAAGCUUCAUAAACCUCUCAUGGUUUCUUCAAGCAAUCAAAGACCCACAACAAAAUUGCUUCAACCUUCAAACCUUAUCUUUCUCCUCGUCCGGAAAAAUCACACAUUGUCAGCUACUAACAGACGACACCAUGAACAUCAACGUCAGCAGAGACGACCUCACUUCACUUUCUCAGAUCUUCGUCGACCUAGCCACAUCUUUAGAGACGCAAACAUCUCUCAGGAACUUGGAAUUCGAAGGUAUCGCUUGGGAAAUCGAGCUAAUGCAGGGCCUUGGUUUGUUUCUCGACAACACCUCGCAGAUAAAGCAGCUUGCUUUCAGAAAGAACAGGUUCAGUGAACAAUGUCUGAGCGAGCUCUCAGAUUUUUUGAGAAGAAACAGUUCGUUGAAAGAGAUUAGGUUCUUAGAGUCGAGGAUUGGAUUUAGAGGAGCUACGCUUCUCGGGUCAGCUCUCGAAGUUAACGAAUCGUUAGAGGAAUUGCAGAUUUGGGAAGACUCAAUCCGGUCAAAGGGAGCAGAAGAGCUCUCGAAGAUGAUCGAAAAAAACUCAAGCUUGAAACUUCUCUCCAUAUUCGACUUGAGUCCCUCCACUGCGACGCCAUUGAUAUCUGCCGUUUUGGGUAUGAACAGGGAAAUGGAGGUUCAUGUGUGGAGUGGAGACCACAAACGAGACAGAAGCUCAAAGGGCCUUGAGUUCUUGCCUGAGAGCAAGACUCUUAGGAUUUACCAGAUUGACAUUUCUGGCUCUUGCAGAGUCGCUGCAGCAUUGGGGAUGAACACAACCGUGACGUCUCUAGACAUGACAUGCGCGAAGCUGAAUUCGCGGUGGGCCAAGGAGUUCCGAUGGGUUCUUGAGCAGAACAAGACUCUUACAGAAGUGAAACUUUCGAAAACUGGUCUUAAAGACAAAGCGGUUGUGUAUGUUGCAGCUGGACUUUUUCAGAACAAGAGCUUGCAGAGUUUGUAUGUUGAUGGAAAUCGUUUUGGGAGCGUUGGUGUCGAGGAUUUGCUUUGUCCGUUGAGUAGAUUCUCUUCUCUGCAAUUGCAAGCCAACAUCACACUCAAGUCAGUUGUGUUUGGAGGUUCCAAGACAAAGAUUGGAAGACAUGGGCUUACCGCGGUUUUGACGAUGGUGACAACAAAUGAGACUGUGGUUCAUCUCGGGAUUCACGACGAUGAGAGUCUGGGACCUGCUGAUUUCAUACAGAUCUUCAAGAGCUUGCAGAAGAACGCAUCUUUAAGACGGUUGUCCUUACAGGGCUGCAAAGGGGUAAGAGGUGACAGAGUCUUGGAGGCAAUCACAGAGACAUUGCAGAUUAAUCCAUUGGUUGAGGAAAUUGAUUUAGCCAGAACUCCGCUUCACGAUUCAGGGAAAGCAGAUGAGAUUUAUCAGAAGCUGGGACAAAAUGGUAGGAAGAUAGAUGAAGCAGAGGCUGAUACACUCAAGGAUAUGCCACUCACUGAGCCAAAGAGCGUUAGAGCUUUCCUCUGUGGACAAGACUAUGCAGGCAAGACAACUCUCUGCAACUCUAUACUGCAAAGUAACUCUGCAUCCGGUUUUCCCUAUGUGGAGAAUGUGAAAAAUUUGAUAAAUCCUGUGGAGCAAGCCGUUAAAACAGUUGGUGGGAUGAAAAUAAAGACAUUUAUGGACGAUGAAACAAAGAUCUCGAUGUGGAAUCUCGCGGGGCAGCACGAGUUCUAUGCUCUUCAUGAUGUUAUGUUCCCAAGUCCAUGUCUCUUCUUGAUCAUAUUGAGCUUGAUUAGGAAACCGAGCAAUAAAGAACUCAAACCACCAGCAGAAGUAGAAGAAGAGCUUCAAUACUGGCUUAGAUUCAUCGUUUCCAACUCGAGAAAAGCGGGUCAACAAUGCAUGAAACCAAAUGUUACAAUCGUCCUCACGCAUGCCGAGAAAAUCAACCAACAAUCAGAGAGCUUUCAUGGAACGGUGGGUUCCAUUCAGAGAGUGAGAGAUACGUUUCAAGAUUUAGUGGAUUUCUACCCGACCGUAUUCACAGUUGAUGCAAGAUCAUCAACUUCGGUUAGUAAACUCGCACAUCAUAUUCGGUUGAGUAGCAAAUCCAUCCUUGAAAGAGUUCCUCGGGUUUAUCAGCUUUGCAAUGAUAUGAUACCGCUCUUAUCAGAGUGGAGAUCAUUUAAUUCAAACAAACCUAUUAUGAGAUGGAAAGCCUUUGGAGACCUCUGCCAAACUAAAGUUCCUCCUUUGAGAAUAAAGUCUCGAAACGAGAACAUUGAGAUUGUGGAGAGAAGACGGCGAGCCGUAGCCACAUGCCUUCACCAAACAGGAGAGGUAAUUUACUUUGAGGAGUUGGGUUUUUUGAUACUAGACUACGAAUGGUUUUGUGGGGAGGUUCUUGCUCAGUUGAUAAAGAUUGAUGUAAGAAAGCAAAGCUCCGGGGAAAGAAACGGUUUUGUAGGCAGAAAAGCGCUGGAGAAGAUUUUGAAAAAUAGUUUGCAGAGUCCGGUUCCAGGGAUGACCUCAAAGGUACUUGAGCACUUGGAUCCGUGUGACCUUGUGAGGAUAAUGAAGAAAGUAGAACUUUGCUAUGAACAAGAUCCUUCCAAUCCAGAUUCUUCAUUGUUAGUCCCAUCGAUUCUUGAAGAAGGCAGAGGAAAGGCUCAGAAAUGGCAGAUAAAAACAAAGGACUGUGUUUAUACUGGCCGGCAUCUCCACUGCGAUGAUUCAAGUCACAUGUUCCUCACACCUGGAUUCUUCCCUCGUUUACAGGUGCAUCUUCACAACAUAAUCAUGGAACUGAGGAACCAACAUGGGGCGACUUAUAGCCUUGAGAAGUACCUCAUCGCUAUAACGAUCCAAGGCAUAAAUGUUAGAGUGGAGCUUGGAGGACAGUUGGGAAACUACAUUGAUGUUCUUGCUUGUUCAACACAGAGUUUGACAGAAACUUUGAGGUUCAUUCACCAGCUAAUCAUUCCGGCUAUCCUGAACACCUGCCACGGUGUAAUCCUCCUUGAGCACAUCAUAAGACCACAAUGCGUCCAGGACUUAACUCCACCGCGAUUCCGACAAAGUCAACUUGUUUCCCUCCAGAGACUAAAAGAAGCAUUAGCAUCAGUUCCUGCAGAGACUAUGUAUGACUAUCAACACACAUGGGAAUCUGUUCUAGAUUCAGGUAAGACUGUUCUAAGAGCUGGAUUUGAUUUAGCUCGCGACCUCCUCUCUGAUGAUGAUUUCAGACAAGUCUUGCAAAAAAGGUACCAUGAUCUGUACGACUUAGCCCAAGAAUUACAAGUUCCCACCGAGGAAAAUCCAGAAGCAGAAAAUCAAGCAGAGGUGACCAAUGAGCUGGAAAAAGUUGAUCCUAGCUUCGAUGGAAUCGCUAAGGGUGUUGAAGCAGUACUUCAGAGGCUGAAGAUUAUUGAGCAAGAGAUACGAGACCUGAAGCAAGAGAUCCAAGGACUGAGAUACUACGAGCACAGACUUCUGCUCCAGCUUUAUCACAAAGUGAAUUACCUUGUCAACUACAAUGUCCAGAUGGAUGAAAGAAAAGUCCCAAACAUGUUUUACUUCGUCAGACCAGAGAACUACGGGAGAAGACUGAUCACAGCAAUGGUUCCUGGCAUGGUUUCUUUAAGGAUACACAUGUUAUGCGAAUUUAGACGGGAAAUGCACGUUGUAGAAGAUCAGCUUGGAUGUGAUGUGAUGCAGAUAGAUAACCAAGCUGUCAAGGCCUUGGCUCCAUACAUGACAAACUUCAUGAAGCUGGUGACUUUUGCACUGAGGAUAGGAGCAAACUGGGCAGCUGGGAUGGGACACAUGAUACCUGACUUGGGCCACGCAAUCGCUCACCUAGCCAACCCAUCUGUCAUGGCUGGAGCAGCCGGAGCUGCAGGAGCCAUGGGGGUCGCUGCUGCAUUGGGUAGGAACCGAGGCAGAGAUAGAGGUUUUCAGGAGCAAGACCAAAGAGCAGCUCAACAGUGGCUCAUCGAUUACUUGAGGGAACAGAAUUGCACGACCGGCGGGGACAUUGCAGAAAAGUUUGGCCUCUGGCGAGUUAGAUACAGAGACGAUGGGUCCAUCGCCUGGAUCUGCAAACGGCAUAUGAUCACCAGAGCCAAUGAAGUGAUCCAAGUUCCCCUCUGAUGCUUGUUAACUAGCUACAAACAAAACAAAAUAAAAAGUAAGAGAAAGUAGUUCAUAUAGUCAUAACCAUUUUCAAUAAAGUCUCUGUAACCGUA